AUGCCCGACCCACCAGUAGCCGAUCCCGACGGCCGCCCAGUCGAGGACUGGACAGACGGUGCGACGGACCAGGCCAUCGCCAUCGCCAUCGAGCACCGCGACCGCGAGAACCCCCCAGACCAGGGCGACUCUAUCAGUGGCAGUUUGAGCCAGAUGGAUGGAGGCAUCACACCGUCUUCCGUAACUCGAACCAAAUGGUACGGACCCGGCGGGUCACGGCGUAGCUCGAUGGCCUCGUACCGCUCCAGCUCGGGACUGUGGCGCCAGCGCUCCUCAACUAGCAUGAACCGCUUCCGCGAUGUCCCCCAGUCACCAGCUGCUAGUGGCGUGUUCAUCGCUGAUUCAGAAGACGAGGGCGAGUACGUGGGUGGUACGCGGUUUGGACGCGCCCGCCGCGCCAGCUCUCAAAUUCGACAGCAACGGCGGGCUCGCGACUCGAGCGUUGACUACUAUAGCAACCGUGACUACACGCCGCGCGACGACUACGGGCGCCGCGAAGACGCGGAAGACGCAAGCCCACCCGCAUCUCCGAGCAUGCUGCAGCGCGUCACGUCGUAUCUCGGCGGUAGGCGGCGUGGUGACGAGGAAUCGGGCUUUAUCAACCGCCGCGAGAGCGUUGACUCUGUUGGCUCGAACGUGUCGAUCCGUUCACGCUCCAUGCGCUCCCCAUCGCCCGUAUCCUCACUCGACAGCUGGGGUUACGGUGGUGAAGACGACGACGAGCUCAACGAGGGGUACACCAGUAGCCUCGCGGACGACACAUCCUUACCACCCCAGUCACCUCCAGGCAGUCCGCGCCUUCCACUCGUCCCUGUACUGGGUGACGACAUAUUUGGCCAGUCGACGAUGCAGUUUGACGAAGAGCCAAAGGAGUUUGACGAAUCAACUGUGCCAUCCAGGCAGACAAUCUUACUUCCCGACGAGGAUCUCUCCAUCCGCUUCACCUGCUAUCGAACGGACGCUUUUCGCAACGUUAUCUGGUGGAUCGGCUGCAUCUGCACGCUCGGAGCCCUCGGUCUUGUUGGGCGCUGGAUCCCGCGCAUGUGGGUUCGGUUUACGGGACGAGAGACGGCGUUUGAGGACACGAGGGAGGGCGCGUGGCUUGUCGUCGAAACGCCGUAUGGCGACUUGCACAUUGUCAACAUGGAGAUCAUCUCAUAUCCCCAUCCACUGUCUACCGUCUUUCCCGAGCUCGCGACCGUUCCGCCUUCCGUCCUCCAGUCUCGCGCUGCGUCUCGGGCCGGCACCCACGCCGACCCACCACUCGUGGCCACUGGCGACAUCGAGGUCGGCAAGACGACGUGGGAGGAGAAGACCGGCCACCUCAAGGUCAUGGAGUACCGCUACACCCGCUUCGCUCUCAACCCGGUCACCGGCAAGUGGUGCAUGAUUCGCGACUGGCGUGACCCCAAGUGGACGUCGGCGCGCGCAGUUGCAAACGGUCUGAGCGCGCGGACACGCGACCAACGACGCACGCUCAUGGGCGAGAACAACAUCGACAUCGCGGGCAAGUCGAUCUUGAGCCUUCUCAUGGACGAGGUCUUGCACCCUUUCUACGUCUUCCAGAUCGCCUCGAUCAUCCUCUGGUCCCUUGACAACUACUACUACUAUGCCUUUGCCAUCGCUCUCAUCAGUGUGGCGAGUAUCUUGUCGACGCUGAUCGCGACGAAGCGCACCAUCGCACGCAUGCGCGAGAUGUCCCGCUUCCACUGCGAUGUCAAUGUGCUUAUCGACGGAGCGUGGCAUAUCGUAGACUGCGGCGACAUGGUCCCUGGCGACAUCUUCGACGCCUCCGAUGCCGAGCUCUCAGUCGUCCCGUGUGAUGCGCUCCUGCUCUCAGGCGACGCGAUUGUCAACGAAUCGAUGCUCACAGGCGAGUCGGUUCCCGUCAGCAAGGGGCCGGUCAAGGACGAGGCCUUGAGAGCCAUGGCUCACGAGCACAAGGAAGGCAGUUCGGACAUUGACCCGGACCUCGCAAAGCACUAUCUCUUUAGUGGCACUAAGAUCAUCCGCGUCCGUGCGGGAGCGCGGCCAGCAUGGGCUCCGCCCAGCGACGAGCCCAUGGCACUCGCGAUGGUUACGCGCACCGGCUUCGACACGACCAAGGGCGCGCUUGUACGCUCCAUGCUCUUCCCGAAGCCGCUCGGCUUCAAAUUCUACAGGGACUCGAUGAACUUCAUCGGCGUGCUGGCCAUGAUCGCUGGCUUCGGUUUCGCGGUCAGCGCGAUCGGCUUUGUCAAGAUGGGGAUUGCGUGGCACACGAUCAUCGUGCGCGCCCUAGACCUAAUCACCAUUGUCGUGCCACCCGCCCUGCCAGCGACACUCACGAUUGGGACAACGUUCGCUAUUGGGCGCCUGCGCAAGUCGGGCAUCUUCUGCAUCUCGCCCAACCGCGUCAACAUUGGGGGCAAGGUCAACGUCGUGUGCUUUGACAAGACGGGCACUCUUACGGAGGAAGGCCUCGACGUCCUUGGUGUGCGUACAGUCGACCGCCUGGAAGGUCGCUUCUCUGAGCUGUACGCAGAGGUCGAGGAGGUGCCAACCCAGGGUGGACCCAAUGGCCGGACGCCACUUCUCUAUGCCUUGGCGAGCUGCCACGCGCUCAAGCUCAUUGAUGGCGAGGUGUUGGGUGACCCUCUCGAUAUCAAGAUGUUUGAGUACACCGGUUGGUCGCUGGACGAGGGCCAGUCGCGAACCGUCAAGGGCCACGGGGGUGGCGCAGAGCGCACCCAGACUCUGGUGCAGAUGGUCGUGCGCCCACCGGGCUCGGAGCGGUGGCGUAUGGAGGACGCGCACAGCCAGGGCUGCAACCUCGAGCUUGGUGUCAUCCGGUCGUUUGACUUUGUCUCGGCUCUCCGCCGUAUGACUGUCAUUGUCAAGAGGUUAAAGAGUACCUCGAUGGAGAUCUACUGCAAGGGCGCGCCCGAGGUCAUGCAGGACAUCUGUGACCCUGCGUCCUUCCCAAACGAUUACGAGGACAUGUUGAGCUACUACACACGGAACGGUUUCCGUGUGAUAGCGAUUGCAGGCAAGAGUGUCGAGGGCCUGACGUGGCUCAAGGCCCAGCGCAUGCGCCGCGAGGUGGCAGAACACGACCUCCAGUUCCUCGGCUUCAUUGUGUUCGAGAACAAGCUCAAGCCUGGCACCGCACCGAACAUUCACACUCUGCGUGCGGCGCACAUCGCGUGCCGCAUGGUGACUGGCGACAACGUGCGUACGGCCGUCAGCGUUGCGCGCGAGUGCGGCCUAAUCUCCCAUUCGGCCAGCGUGUACAUCCCAACCUUUGUGCCAGGGAUGGGCAUGGGCGAGGAUGCGAUGCUGGAUUGGACGAGUGUCGACGACGAGCGGCACAAACUGGACGAGUACACACUGAAGCCUUUGGCGGACGAGAGCAACAAUAUCGACGACGACGACUUGCCCGACUACCAACUCGCCCUGACCGGCGACGUAUUCAAGUGGAUGCUGGAAUGGGCGCCGCUCGAGACCAUGAACCGCAUGCUCGUCAAGGGUGUCAUCUUUGCGCGCAUGAGUCCUGACGAAAAGGCCGAGCUCGUCGAGCGACUCCAGAGCUUGGGCUACACCGUGGCGUUCUGUGGUGACGGCGCAAACGACUGCGGUGCCUUAAAGGCCGCCGAUGUGGGUGUGUCGCUCAGUGAGGCUGAGGCGUCGGUCGCCGCCCCAUUCACGAGCCGUACACCCGACAUUUCGUGCGUCGCCGAGAUUAUCCGCGAAGGCCGCUGUGCACUCGUCACCUCUUUUUCGUGUUUCAAGUACAUGGCCCUCUACUCGCUCAUCCAGUUCACGACCGUGACCCUGCUGUACAGCUUUGCGUCGUCGCUCGGCGACUUCCAGUUCCUCUUCAUUGACCUGUUCAUCAUCAUCCCCAUCGCCGUCGCCAUGGGCCGUACUCUGCCGUACCCCAAGAUCUUCCAGAAACGACCCACAGCCUCGCUCGUGAGCAAAAAGGUACUCACAAGCAUCAUUGGCCAGACGAUCAUCAACGCCGGCAUCCAGGGCCUCGUCUUCCUCUGGGUCCAGAGACAGCCAUUCUACGAGGCCCCCGUCGUCAACCCAGACGAACUCGAGACGUUCAACUAUGAGAACACGGCUCUCUUCCUCGUCAGCUGCUUCCAGUACAUUCUCGUUGCCGGGGUGUUUUCAGUCGGCCCGCCAUACCGCAUGCCAAUGUACUCGAACCCAAGCCUUAUGGCUUGCCUUGUUGCCUUGACGAGUUUCUCCGUCUACGCACUCCUCGCACCGUCCAAGGCCGUCGCCCUCGUGCUCGACCUCAUCGACCUCCCCAGCUACUUUAAGCUGCAACUGCUCGGCGUCGCUAUUGUCAACGUCAUGCUGUGUUUCGGAUAUGAACGGUUCGCCGAACGCCCAAUCGCCCGCACCAUCGCUCGCAUCAAGCGCUGGAACAGGCGAAGGCUGGGCCGCAAGAACCACCCCGACAACCACUACAAGGUCAUCGAAGGGAACAUGCGGUAG